UUGGUCCAAUGCCAAUGGGUCCUCCUUAUGGUGUAAUGCCUAACUCGUUAAAUGGAAUGAAUAGUAUGCAGAUUCCAAUUGGACAAGGUCAUCCUCCACCACAAACACACGUAAUGGCUCCACCAAUGCAAAACAUAUAUUUUGUUUCUGCUGAUAACCAACCUAUGCCAUCACAGCAACAGAUAUUGUCUGCAGGUGGUGUGGUAAAUCAAACAAAUAAUAUAUUUAGAGGUAAUAUGCAAAUACCUAUUCAACAACAACCUCAGCAGGUUAACAAUGACAAUAAUAAUAAUGGUCUUGUUCCUGGAAUGAACAUUCCUACAAUGGCAGGUGAUGAUGAUCAAGAAAUCAUUGCUCACUAA